UUUCAUGCUGCCUCAUAGCGUAUGUUUGCUUCAAGUGAUUGAUGUAAAUAUACUACAGUACUGUACUAUGCGAUUGUAGUGUCACUGACUCGAUGCUCGCUUAAUCUGAGGCCCAUGUGGCAUCGAUUAAUAUACAAUUUUUUGACUCUCGCGUCGUUAUUUUGAUGUCGGAAUUUUUUAACAGUUUCCCUGCGUGUUUGUAGAUUUUUAUAUAAGUUUAUUACCACAAUUUUCUACUCAAAUUUAGUGAUUUAAAAUAAUAAUGGCGCCCCCUACAAAAAGUACUAAACAAGCUACAAGGGGAGCUAAACAGAUAGUCGAAGAAAAUGAGUCUACAAUUAAUUUCUAUAGAAAUAUGUUACUUUCUUCAACCGUCAUUCACUUGGUGGUUACAUAUAUUUUCUUCCAAUUUGAUGCCCUGACAAUUGGCUUAGGAUUAAUGAGUGGAGCAAUUUCUGCAACAGGAUUCUUUGGCAUGAAAUGGAUGGCUACACCAAAAUAUUCAGAAUCUGGUCAAUUAUUGGAUACUGGUAUUGAUUUGAAUAUGGAAGGUGGUGUAGCAGAGCAUUUGAAAGAUUUGAUUAUUUUAACAGCUAGCAUUGAAAUGCUUUCAUUCAUAUCAAACUACUUUUGGCUCUUAUGGAUUGCAGCUCCAGCCAGAGUAUUUUACAUGUUAUGGAAAAACUUCAUAGGUCCAUGGAUAUUUGCACCAGCACCUGAAGCAAAUGCAGAAGUUAUUGACAAAAAGCAAAAAAAACUGGAAAGAAAAGAAAGAAGAAUGCAAGCAAAACCAGGUUCAAUGAGAAGUUUUUGAAGUAAAGACUGACAUUUAUUAUAAAUAUUAUAUGUGCAAAAUGAUAAGUGGAGUAAACUAUUUGAUAAUCAAAUCACUAGUAAUUUUACAAACUAUAAUAAUAAUAAUAAUAAUAUUAAUAAUAAUUAAAGACUGUUUUUAUAUUGUGCUUUCAAAUUUGUAAAAUUACGUUCUUAAUUUCUAAUCGUUUUAGAUGCAUGUUUCCAAAUCAUGAAAGUUUGUUGUUGAGAUUGUAUCUGUUAAUCGUUGUUAUUCAGUGUGAAAUUGUUUACUUGAUACACAUAUUCGUGUAGAGUAAGAGCAUAGAACACCUGUAAUUUAAUUCAUGUACAUUAAAAACAAAUGAUAGUGCA